AUGUUGGAGAUCCGUUGGGAGGUCGGAGCAAAUCCGGAGGCUCCAAAUGUUCCGACUCAGGACCGAGCUUCUGGGAUGGGAGUGGCCAAGGGCAAGUGUGCCGAAAUCCUGGCUGGAGCUGAGACAGUUGGGAAGGAAGGUGAUGUUGGGAAGUGGGGAGACCCCCAUCUUCACCACCUCUGGAGUCCUACCCUACCGCUGUCCAUUCCGAUAUUCACCUUCGGACCUGACAUCGCUCCUCCUCUUACCCCUCAUGCCACCUCCACCCUUCCGUCCUUCUCCUACCUUAUCCUUGUCCGCUCCGAUACUCACCUCGGACCGAACACCACCCCUCUCGCCACCCUCCUCCUCUUACUCCUCCUCUUACUCCUCACAACACCUCCACCCUUCCAUCACUCUCCUACCCUUCUCCUGUCCACUCCGAUACUCACCUUCGGACCUGACACCUUUCCUCUCCUCCACUCCUCUCCCCUUUCCUCUCUUCUCUCUCCUUCCUCUGACCCUCUCCUGCCAACCCUCCGCCAAGUUACGACCUUCCGCCGCUGUCCCUUACCCUGUACUCAGACACCACUUGUACCUUCGCUCCAAGAUUCCGUCAUAGUUCCAACCUCGGACUUUGACUCCACCUCGGCUUAA